AUGCACGGACCGAUCACGAGAAGCGGAGAGGAAGAAGAAGAGCUGCCGAAAAGAAAUUGGCUCGAUUUUGAUCCGAUUCCGGAAGUUGAAUAGUAAGAAUGAUUUGCCCGGCGUACUGCACUCUAACACUUCCACUUUGCAGUCUGAUCGGUACCGCAUGCAGGCAUACGGGCGAGCCGGUCCAUUUGAUGGGCAACUAUGCGCACAUGUUCCUGGAAAUCAGCGACCUGCCGACUUCGCACUGCCACUAUCUGGCUGUGAUGGCCGCCGCGCGACACAGAUGUCUCUCUCUGAUGGACAUGCACCGUCGGAGGUUCCUCGAGAAGGGCGGCUCCACCAUCUGGAUCCUCGGAGUCGAUUGGUCCGUGAUGCGGUAUCGCAAAGUGGAUUAUCUGAAUCGAAUGCUCUGCCAUCGGCCGUGGGUGAUUCACUGGAAGAAUUUGGCGGUGAGCUGUUCGGACACCCCUAUCCAACAUUUGUGCUCUUUGUUUCAGGCGCUGAUCGCUCGUCGUCCAUCGGACGAAGGACCUUCGUUCUACUCAAUCGAAUCGCUGCACCAGGCCGUCGGCAUCAUGUCGAUGACCCAUGCAAUGUGCACCGUCGUCUGCUCGCUGGGCCUCGAGCGUCGUUGCGAUCUGUCUCAGACCGAGAUCGACUUCCUCAACAUUGACGAUUUCGACUACUGGCAGUUCCGUCCGUCCAAACGUUUCCGCGUUGCUCUCGACCGCAAAGCGACGCCAGUCGAAGAGCUGAUCUGCAGUCUCAAAAAGACGCAGCGAGGAAGAAUGCGCCCGGCGGCUAAGAUGUGCGCGAUGACCUCCGAGACGAUCGAGUCGCUCAUGAGCGCCCCGGCGGCCACGUUCAGCGCGCACCGCAAGAACUACUCGCCGACCCUGUUGCUCGGAAACGUUGGCCCGGCCGGGGAGAACAUUGAGGAGCUGGAGCCGGAGUGCAACUAUCCGAUCUACACGCACGACCGCACCUUCGGCUACAUCGACUUCCGCAAGCGUCCGGAGAAGGACAUCCAGCCGUUCAGCAUCACCGAAUUCGGAUGGGACCACGCGUACAACACGAUGAACGAGUACACCGACACGCUGACCUCGCGCCUCGACAGCAUGUUCGCGAACAUUCGCAAGCUCACCACCACCUCCUCGAUCUCCUCCGACGACUCGCAAUCGCCCGAGGAGCGCAGGAACCAGCGCGACACAGCCGUCUUCCGCGAGGCCAUCUGGAAUUACACGCAAGGGCUGUACGGAGUGCGCGUCGACGACUACGACUACUCGAAGAUCAACCGCGUGCUCGACAGAGGAACGAAGACGUUCAUCAAGAUUGCCGCGUGCUACCCGCACAAACUGACCACCGAGUUCACGAAUGCGAUGCCCGGACUGCGCGUUUCCGAGAAGGUUCGUUCUUUCGAAUGCACUUCUUCGCAUAAAAACCAAUGACUGUUUACAGGUCCACGUCGUGAUGAUGAUUGCGAUGGCACGUUUCCAGGCGUCAAUGUUCCAUUACACGCGUGCCGUCAGCAACUACAACACGAUGUGCAUGUCGAGAAAGGGAUGGCGCAGACCGCUCGACUAA